GUUCUUCGACUAAAUCUAUGAUUUAGUGGUCGUGUAUACAGGGUCCUCAGUGAGCAGACUUUUUCUUCGCUUGUGCUUAGUUGUUUUUGCGACUCUUAGGAGUAAACUCCAAACGUGCUGUUUGACCUAAAAUUUCUCUACAUGUGAACGAUUGGAAUAUAUGCGGAUUGUUUUGCAUAUUGUGAAUCACUCGGGUUUUCCCACCGGUUUUACAGCGGCGUGAUUUGUGUCUAAGUGUGAACCAGGAUUGACAAUUUUAAUCAACUUGUUGAAUUCGUCAACAAAGUGAUACAGCUCGAACAAUCGAGGCGGCGACAGAGGCUGAAAAUCCGAUGGGGUCACAGACGGACCCAUGACCGUCAUGCCCUCCAGGAUCCGACUCAGCCGGAAUAUUUGAAGCAAGAUGGCGCAAGGGGCUGGAACUGAAGAAACAUGCAAACGUGAGGAAAACCACGAGUUGGAACACUUCAUCGACAAACAGGGACUCGAGAGCUUCGAGGAUUUUUACGGAAGGUUCGAGCUUACGGAAGACGCGACUUGUGGCUUCGGGUGCAUUAAGGGCGAGUUCCUUCAAAAAUGCGCCAACAAAAAGACGUUCGCUAUCCUCUACGGCUUCUUCAGCUGCAUUUUCGCGGCAUCUUUCUUGUACUUCAACGCCACCAUUUCGACCAUCGAAAAACGCUUCAAAAUACCUAGUCGACAAACUGGCAUGAUUUCGUCUGGGAAUGACAUUUGCCAAUUUUUCGCAUCGAUUCUCAUUAGUUACUACGCAGGCAAGGGUCACAGGCCACGGUGGCUGGCGGUUAGUUCCCUGAUGUUGGCCUUGUUUUGUAUCACUAAUAGCUUGCCAUAUUUUAUUUUUGGGCCCGGCGACGAUGCCAAAUCCGUGACGAAGGAGUAUGGCUCAAUUAGUUCCUUUAAUUUUAGUUUGGAUAAAGACAGUACGUUAUGUCAAUCAAAAAUCGGCGAAUGCGACGGAGAGGGAAGCAUCUGGCCGCAGUUAAUUUUGUUUGGUGCACAACUAAUAGCUGGCUUAAGUGGCUCCCUUUAUCACACCCUGGGAAUAUCCUACGCUGAUGACAAUGUCCAGAAAUCAAAAUCUCCCGCUUUUCUUUGUCUUUCUUUAUUCUUUCGGAUGCUAGGACCUGCUGUUGGAUUUGGGUUAGCUUCUUUCAGUCUAAAAAUUUUCGUUUCUCCAAGCCUCCAUCCGAUUAUCGACGAGGGAAGUCCUCGGUGGCUUGGUGCCUGGUGGAUAGGAUGGUUGGUGCUUGCUGCAAUACACGUGGUAACGGCAUGUCUCUUGGGACUUUACCCAAAGCAUUUACCGCGCGCCCUGGCCAGAAAACAUUACAACAAACGUCGCGCAUAUCUGCAUGAAAAAUCCUCCGAACACACAAGAGCUUCCUUUCAAGACUUGGUUCAAACAGUCAAGCGGCUGAUGGUUAAUCCUAUUCAAGUUCUGAACAAUUUAUCCGGAGUGUUUUACUACAUGGCAUUACUUCCUUACAUGAUGUUCCUACCCAAAUACCUGGAAACAGUUUUCACGUUCACACCUUCGAAAACCAGUAAAAUAACAGGAGCUGUGGAGAUGGUGUUUGCCGGGAUUGGGAUGGUGGCCAGCGGUGUCGUCCUCUCUAAAUUCAAACCACGAGCGAGGGUCAUCGCCGGCUACAAUGUCGGAGUUGGCGCUCUUUCAGUUCUCAUCCUUCUCAUGUUCGCUUUCCUUGGAUGCUCCGAGAAUGAGGAACUUUUAUCGUCUCACUUUCAAGAAUCCAAGUACAGGGGUGAUUUGGAAAAUGAGUGCAAUGCUGACUGCCACUGCUCUUUCGUAAAAUACUCACCUGUUUGCGCCCCUACAUUGAAGCAGGAGUUCGUUUCAGCGUGCCACGCUGGCUGCCGCAACGUUACAACUGACCCCAUCACUCAUCAGAUCAAGAAAUACACGUCUUGCGCAUGCAUCCAAGACGGAAAAGCACAACCUGAUUCAAUCAGUGCAGUGCCUGAAGGAGGGUUCAACGUUUUCCCCGGCCAUUGUCAGGUGCAAUGUCACUACACCCUGGUGAUUUUCUUGGUCGGAAUGUGCCUCCUCAAAUUUGCCAAUACUUCAGGGAGACUUCCAAAUCUCCUACUGACGAUGAGGAGCGUGGAUGAGAAAGACAAACCAGUUGCAAUGGGUUUCGGACUCACAAUCUAUAGUCUUUUUGCCUUCAUACCUGCGCCAAUAUUGGUUGGUAACAUUUUAGACAAUACAUGUUUGGUGUGGGGCAAAACGUGCCUUGGGAAAGGAAACUGCUGGUUGUAUGACCUAAAAACCAUGAGAUACACUAUUAACAUUACGGCCGCAGCAUUCAUGGCAAUUGGCACAUUACUUGAUGUGGGAGUUUGGUACUUUUCGAAAAAUUUGAAGAUGUUCGAUGAUGAGCCAAAAAAAAUCUUGAGAAACUCAAUAGGCUAAGAGAGGUCGGUAUGAUACAGAUGCAACAAUAAUUUGUUACAUAAUUAAAUAAAUAAAUUUUCUAAGUUUAUUCAAAAAUAAAUCAUGAUUUUGUUACAUUUUCUAAGAGGA